GGGCCUCGCCUCUAUUUAUGGCCACUCCACUCCUCUCUUCACCGCAUCCCUUCCUUUCUCUCACCACCACUCCUCCGGAGAGCCUCCCGCUCUAGUAGUCAAAGCUGUGGAAGCUCGAAGCCCAUGUCCAAACUCCUUCAAGAAAACCCCAUCAAGCAUGCGUUGGAAGGAUGUUGUGUUCUAAGGAGAAAAGAACAUUGGUGCUUCUCAUAUAUUUCGGUAUUUUUCUGUACCUUUACCACGCUCACUCACAGACGCCAUGACCGACCCAUAUAGAGGAUAGGAACCCUCAUCCUCAUUGGCAUCCUCCGCCCUCCGGUGUCCCACCACUCCUAUCGACGUGGCGAUCGUACAGAAGAAACUGAAGAACUAGUGCUGGCAUCACUAUUACUUUCGAGCAGAACGUCUUUUUCUAAUUCGACAAAGAAUGAAAAUAGUUAUGUUACACAAGACGAGUUUUAUAUAACACGUAACCGUAGUGAUCUUUGCUCGUUUGGAUGAAUACCUAAGGAAGAACAUUGUGAAUGCAUUUGUUGUUAUGUUUUCUGUGCACACAGACUAGAUGCUAUAUCUGAUUUAGAUAUCUUCUGGUGUUUUCUGCACCAGAAGAUGAUGCGAAGACUGCAGUCUACUCUGAAAUGUUCCUGCCGCCAUGUCAGCUGUGGCAUUCACAAUGUUGCGAGUCCAAGUUUCAAGGAUGAACAGCCUUUUAAUGUGUAUAUAGGCUCCUUGUGCAAUCAAAAGCUUUUCAGAGACGCCCUUCAUGCCUUUGAUGUUUCACGAAAGAAAGCAGAUUGCCUGAUUGAUCCUAGCACAUAUAUUCAUUUGAUUUCUGCAUGCUCAGCUUUGAGAUCCGUGGAAUAUGGAAGGAAAAUUCACGACCAUCUCUUGGGAUCUAACUUGCUCCCCUAUAUGAUUCUUGAGAAUCACCUAAUCAAUAUGUAUGGGAAAUGUGGAUUAACUGGGGAUGCUAAGGAAGUUUUCGACAGUAUGUGGGAGAGAAAUGUGGUGAGUUGGAAUGCAUUGAUUGCUGGAUACUCGCAGCACGGCCAGGACAUUGAAGCCAUUGAAUCGUAUAUCGAAAUGCAGCGGUCUGGUUUUAUGCCCGAUCACUUCACGUUUGGAGGUGUGAUUAAAGCUUGUUCACGUCUGGCAGAGGCUGGUUUGGGGGAGCAGUUGCAUGCCAAGGUUGUUAAGUCUGAAUUUGGCUCCCACCUAAUAGCUCAAAAUGCUCUCAUUGCAAUGUACAACAAGUUUGGUCGAAUUAACGAGGCAUGGGAUGUUUUCUCCUUAAUCAAAUUAAAGGAUUUGAUUUCCUGGAGUUCAAUUAUUGCAGGGUUGUCAAAACUGGGUUAUGAGAUAGAAGCUCUGAGUUGUUUUAAGGAAAUUCUGUCAGGGGGUACUUACCACCCAAAUGAAUUUAUCUUUGGGAGUGUUUUUAGAGCUUGUGGAUCUCUUGGUCAGCCAGAAUAUGGCAGGCAGAUACAUGGGGUUAGUGUCAAAUAUGGGUUUGAAGCCAAUGCUUUUGCUGGUUGCUCCCUGACUGAUAUGUAUGCAAGAUGUGGCUUCUUGUAUUUGGCCAAAACUGCAUUUAAACUGAUCAAACAUCCUGAUAUAGUGUCAUGGAAUGCAGUGCUAGCAGGCUUUGCAUAUGGUGGUGAUGCAAAUGGAGCAAUGCUGUUCUUUUCUCGGAUGAGGCACUCUGGGUCAGAACCGAAUGAUAUCACUGUCUGUUCCCUGCUCUGUGGCUUCGCAGGUCCCUCAACACUUUCUCAGGGGAAACAGAUACACUGCUAUAUUAUAAAGACUGGACUCGUGCUGGACCUUCCAGUAUAUAAUACAUUGCUUUCAAUGUAUGCUAAUUGCUCAGAACAUAUGGAUGCGUGUAAAUUGUUCAAUGAUAUUCGAGACAAUGCUGCAGAUCUUGUCUCUUGGACUACUAUAAUCAAUAUGUGCAUGCAUCAGCACCGGGCUACCGAAGUUUUCGCGUUAUUUAGAACAAUGUUGCUACUUCACGGGAGACCUGAUGGUGUUAUCUUGGCCAAUGUUAUCGGAGCAUGUGGGAAAGUCGCCACAUUAGAGAUGGGGGAUCAAGUUAACUGUUGUGCUGUGAAGUAUGGGCUCGACUCUGGCAUUGUUGUCAUGAAUGGAUUGAUUGAUAUGUAUGUCAAGUGCGGAUCACUUGAAAGUGCUGGAAAGGUCUUCAACUGCAUGCCCAAUCCGAAUGUUGUCUCGUGGAGUAGUUUAAUUGUGGGAUACGCACAGUUUGGCUUGGGACAAGAAGCUCUAGAUCUCUUCAGAAGAAUGAAGAAACAAGGCAUAAAACCUAACCAGGUUACAUUUGUAGGAGUUUUGAUUGCUUGUAGUCAUGUUGGACUGGUGGAUGAGGGGAUACAGCUUUUGAAAUCUAUGGAAUGCGAGCAUGGUGUGAUCCCUACACGAGAGCACAUCUCGUGCGUUGUUGACCUUCUUGCUCGAGCUGGUCGUAUCCAUGAUGCAGAAGCUUUCAUAGAUCAACUUGGAUUCGAACCUGAUGUAGUGACGUGGAAAACUGUAUUGGCUGCUUGUAAAAAUUGUGGGAAUGUUGAAGUUGGAAGGCGUGUUGCUGAGAAAAUCUUGAGAAUUGAUCCUUCCAACCCCGCUGCUCAUGUCUUGCUGUGCAACAUACAUGCCUCUGCUGGCAACUGGAAAGAUGUGGCCUGUUUGAGAGCUUCGAUGAGAGAGAAAGGCAUCAAGAAACUCCGCGGACAGAGCUGGAUCAAAGUCAAGGAACAGAUCCACGUUUUCACAGCAAAAGAUGGACUGCAUCAGGAAAAGGACAUGAUAUUUUUGACUUUGGAUGAGUUAUUGUCGCAAAUCUCUGAGGUUGGUGAUGUUCCCACCUUCAACUAGAGAUCAGCACUUCCUCAAAGGUUUGGGCAGAUUAUGAAGAAUCAAAGCCUGUGGAGGAGGAUGCGGCAGGCGAAGGAGGAAAGGGUGGGAAGAGAGGGGGGGGGGAUGUGCGCACUAUGCCAGUCUCGUCAGAUUGUACAAUAGUAUCAUGUUUUGUAUACUACUAUACGAAAUUCCUGAUCGUAUUUUGCCUGAUUUUGGGGGUUUAGGGUUUAAAUAUUACCCAAUAUACCUCUUAGAAGUAUUAGAGAUACAAAUUGGAAAACAAGAGCAUCUUUAUAAUCAAAAUUUGAAGCCCUUGGCUGUUUUUAUUUUAUGUCUGGAGUGAGGAAGGUGAUGAUAUAUGGGAGACCUCUCCAGUUCAUACCACCAGAGGUUACUCAAUCUUCCUCAAAAAAGUUGUUCUCAUUUAUAUGGCUCGACCACAAAAGGAAGCAAAUCGAAUAGGAUAAACUAAAAUUAGAAAAUUCAGGUGUUGCAAGACCAGUCUAAUAUUGGUUUCAAGCUGUUGAAACAAAUGGGCUACAGUCCUCGCUCUGCAUUGGGCAAGGAAAGUUCUGGGAGGGCUGAACCAGUUUCUCUGAAGAUCAGAAGGGCUCGGGCUGGAAUCAGUACAGAAGAUCCAGAGGUAGCAAAGAUGAGAUGAAUAAGAGGAAGAAAGAGAGUGAGUUGAUGGUGGUUUUGGGGAGUCACCAGAAGAAGUGGUGGAAAGGAGGGAGAGUCGUAGUGAACUUCAGAAAGGCAGAUGCUGCUCUGGCGUAGCUUGAAAAUAGGGAGGUUAAGGUGGAAAGGAAGGAAGAAGACAAUGAGGAAAAAGAAGGUGAAACUGAAGAGGAGGAAGAAGAAAUUACAGAAGAGGAUUUGCUAAUAGCUGAAGCUAAGAAAUGAGUUCAAAUAGUCUCUUCCGUGGAUGCCAGUAUGAGUCCAUGGAGACCUUCGAAUCAAACUGCCUCGGGAUUAAUGAAGACGACCACCAGACUUUAAAACCUACAGGCACCACCUCAGACUUGGUCUACACCGAAUUCUUAUAACGGGCGCUCCUGGCCAAAGUCCUGCCGCUUGAACGUUGGAAAGCUAGACAGGAUGAUGCAUUCUAAAUAUCUAGACAACUACUCCUGAAGAAUUAUCUAUUAUUCUGUGAGAUCAGCAACUGGUCUAUUUCAUUCUGAAAUAACUAGAAACAUCAAUCUUAGUUGUAUCAAAGUUUCAGGUUUAAAUGAUAGGAGUAAUAAAUUUCAGUUUAUUUACUA